AAAUGGAAGAAGUCGGGAAAAAAUUCAUAAAACCUUAAAAUUUAAGUGUUUUGUGCGUAAUAAUUAGUGCUCGGGUGAUUUGGCGGGACAGUGGGGUGGGACAGGAAAGCGUCCUCUAGAGAAACACGGUGCGCUAGAGGAAGGGGAAGCCAAAACGCAAAAGAAUAAACAAACGCGUGCGGGUGUGACGAUUGUGGGGUGUUAAAAAAGCGGGAAACUUUCCGGGAGAUAAGCCUCCGGUAGAAAUAGUAGUAUCAUCCUCCUGAAAAUCCUCGCAACAUCCUUAUCCCAAUGACGGGCUACAAGAGUGUUAACUUUGCCGAUUUGUGCCGCCUUUGUGCGGGCAGCAGCGGCUCACGGAUCGGAAUCUUCACCGACGAGGGACGCAAAAAGAAGAUACAAAACAAAAUCAGCGAUACACUGAAGAUAAACGUACAAGAAUCCGACCGCUUGCCGAAAUCCGUCUGCGUGAGCUGUGUGAAGCAGUUGGAGGCGCACCUCGAGUACCGUGAUGCGACGCUGCGAGCGCAGAAGAUGUUGGAGAGUUGCCUCAACUCGGCCAAGAUGAAGAACGUUGGCCGAGUGUACAUCAAAGACGACAAGCGGAAAGACACGUCUCCUGCAUUGCCUCCUCCGCCCACCAUACCGCAAAUAGUCACAUCCAUCCCGGUAGUCAGUCCCACGAAACCGCUCACCACACAGGUAAAGCUUGUGGCAACCGGUAGCAGUCAGCAGAUCGUGCAACAGCCCACGAAUCAGUUCCCGGACAACACUCCGAUACUGAUUAGCAGCAACAACGGACUGCAGAGGGUGAUGAACGGAUCGAUAACCGUUAAUAACAGCAGCGGGAACAGCGGAAGCAUCGGAACCACCGACAACUUAGUUGUCUCGAAUGUUGCACUUCCCGCUGGUAUUAUGGCUGCGAGUACCAACAACAAUGGCAACAACUUCAUUGUGCAGCAACAACAAAUCACCUCUCACCAGCCAGCUGCAGAACAGCAGCAGCAACAGCAACAGCAGCAGCAGCAGCAGCAGCAGCAGCAGCAGCAGCAGCAGCAGCAGCAGCAGCAGCAACAGCAGCAGCAACAGCAACAGCAAACCCAAUUGCCACAAUUCACGAUAACGCUCGAUGGACAAACGAUGCUUAAGGCGAAUAAUAAUAACAUUACCUACAAAAUACAGAACGGGAUACUAGUUCCUGUUUCACCGCCCAAGCUGGUGUCCUCUGACCAGCAGCAACAAGCUACAUUUACACAGGUUGAUGAGUUUAUAAAAAUUAAAGCAUCGACGACCAAGCCGGUUCGAAGGGAAUCUCCACAGAGUCAAAAUGAUGCAUCACCCGCGAAGAGACAGAAAGUUUAUCAAAUCAUUAAUCCAGAAACGCCAGUUAAAGCGUCCUCUAUUUUGGGAUCCGGUGUGAAUGGUGCUUCUCCAACCGUUUCACCGAUCGUUCCUUCAAACGGUUCAGUCGUUUGUACGACAAGCGUGGCUGGAGGAGGUGGAGGUAUUACAAGCUCACCGAACAAUAGAGGACAGGUGGUGACUAAAAACAUUCAGCUGCAAGAUCUUAAGUUAAUGGCCAGUGGUGUUAACAAGUGCAUCGUGCCGGUCAUGAUGAAAAACGAGCCGUCCACAGCGACCGUUACGGAGAGCGUGGCGACGAACGGUGUGGCAACGAAUCUGCCUACGAAUGGUGGUGUGCAGCUCGUGCAGAUGAAGGUGGAAACCGGCCCGGAUGGUGUGCUGCGAUUAACACCAGCUCAACUCAAUUCACAGCUUACGAUAAGUCCUCAAUCGAUGCCACAGUACAGCCUGCAACUGACGGGUGGAAUGGCAGGCCAGAUGGCACCGAUUGCGAUCGUUAAUCAAAAUCAGAUUCAGCAACAAACGCAGCAGCAGCAACAACAGCAACAGCAACCACAACAACCACAGCCUCAGCCACAGCUUAUCCAGGCAACGGUGGCCGGACAAACGAUGGGUAACAAUUAUGUCACGAUAGUUGGAAAACCAUCCGCACAGACCCAGCAAGCGGCGGGAGAAGUCAAUUUUCAAGGGGCGAACGUUGUCCUGGCGACAACCGCAUCUCAACAGCAGCAGCAGCACCACCAGCAGCAACACGCACAGCAGCAGCAGCCGCAACAGCAGCAGCCACAACAACAGCAGCAGCCACAACAACAGCAGCGAACGUUUGUUACUAAAACAGUAACGAUGGCCACAGCAAGCCAAUUGAAAUCAACUUCGCGACCUGCUGCGGCCCCACAAACGCGCAAGGUAGUAUCGACUGCGACAAAUGUACGAACGGUACAGAGUGGUGUGAACCCUCGCGAUGGUGUUGGCAAGGCAACAACACAAGUAUCAAGUGGUCAGCAGAAUAAACCGACACUACGGGUCGUACGGGUGAGCCGAACGCCGAUAACUGCGCAGCCUAAACCCGUUGUAGUCGUUGCCACGAACAGUCUACCGGCACCUUCUAGUAAUAAUUCAUUCGAAGAUAGUGGUAACGAAGAUGCGGAUGGCGACGGUGAGGAGGGCGGCCAGUACCGUAGUGCCCAGUCUAUCCUGGCGUCGCAACAGAUGAGUGCCAUUUCUGCCCUGUCUGUGAAGCAGGAAUUCCCACCGGAACCGAAUGUCUCGGCUUCAGAAGUAAGCAUAACAACGUGCGAUGUAUGCCAGAAGCUGUUUGGCCGUAAGGAGCAUUUGGUGCAGCAUCUCAAAUCGCAUAUCGGCUUGCGGCCGUUCAAGUGUGAAGCGGGCGACUGUCAGAAGUCAUUCAGUCGGAAGGAGCACUUGUUGCGGCACAUAGUGUCACAUACUGGAAAGAAAAUGUUCAACUGCGACAUGUGCCAGAAGCUGUUCUCUCGGAAGGAUAAUCUUAACAAGCAUCGCAAGACGCACCAAGGCCGGAAAGCACCUGCACCAUAUUCCUGCAAGGUUUGUUCGAAAGAAUUCUCCGUGAAAUCCCUGUAUUUGAAGCACGUUGCAUCACAUGGAAAGUCUGUUAAAAAGGAUCCCCCACCGUUGAAACAAACGUCCAUUAAAACGAUUACAACGAAUAACGUGGCGACUGUGCCCGCGACGUCAAAAGCUGCUCAACCGGCACCGGUGACGUCGAUCGUCCAGAGUCAACCGACGACAGUUGUACAAUCGGUACCUCUCACCAUAACGCAAGCACCGGCCAACACGACCACUAUUCAGUUACAGCCGGCACCACAAGUGCAGCACCUGACUAACGCCAUUUCACAGCAGCAGCAGCAGCAGCAGCAGCAGCAAGGACAGACACAACAAAUAUUCACCAUCCCGACUCAAUUCCAAGCCACCAAUGGGAAGCAAAUCUUUCAGCAUUUGCAAAUCGCCAUGCCGGCGAAUAGUGUCGCUCAGCAAACGAUCACACAGCAAUCGUCUGCUAUGCAAACGAUCUCGGCCGCUGGUGGUGGUACAACGUUGGCCAAUCUGGGCGGAACCCGGGCUACAAUCAUUAACACGCUCGAUGGGAACACAAUGUUUACGAUACCGUCGAGCUUCGAAUUCGUCACCGCUAAUCGCCAGUAGCCGACAAUUGUGGGGCGCCGUGCAAUCACAGGUUUGAGCUCUCUAACAAGCACCGAUCGGAUCAUUGAUUUCACUUCCGUUGAUAGAAAUAGUGUUUUAUCUUUCGAUCAUGUGGCCAUACCCGGGAGUAUUACGGUCCGCGAUGCAAUAUAGUUCAAAAUGUACAGACUGUCGGUAGAACAGUCUCAGUAAUGUACAAAGUGAUAACUGAAUGUAACAUACGGGAAGUAGGCUAAGGCUGCCAUAAUAUUGUCAUUUAGGAGCUAGGAAGCGAAGGACGGUACGGGCGUUAUCAGUAUGUGUCCACUUUAUCUAUUAUUCAAAGCGGUAAUUUUGGUUGAUUUUAAACGGAACCACAUAUAUUUUAACUGAUUUUCGUAUCGAAAAAGAUCCGUGGGGAUAUUUGAAAUUCUAGAUUUGAUUGUUUGCUUCGAAACACCACCACUGUAGCAAUAUUGUUUUAAUUCUUUUGAUUGAUCGAUUGUACUCUCACGUCACUCUUGGGUGUUAUGUGUAUAAUGAAUAGCAACAAAUGAUAAGAAUAAUGCGCGUGUGUUUGCAUAUGUAUGUAUAUGUUUGCUUGUGGGACCCGUUGUUUCGCUUAAUAAUGAAUUAAGCGUCUUCAUGCGGUCCGCAACACAACGCUAUCUGAAUCUGUUUAACCGAAUCUGGCUGAUACAAAUGACUGUAAUUGUAGAAUAAUUCCUUGUUCCUCGUGUUUCGAAAAAGACUCUCCCAUCGUAAGGAUCUUUGUGAGAUCCAGCUCGCGUGUUUAUUCAAAUACCAGUGUAAGGUAGAAGCAAUCUUCAGUCGUACAAUUUGCUACUAUUUAUGCUUUAACAGUGUGUUGGGUUUUAAGCGGGCAUGGCUACGCGGCGAUUCGGCACACAAUUGGCAUUUCGAAGGAACCCGACCCCGAAGAACAAUUGUAACAUAAUGUAUGCAAAUUGCAAUACAACCAAAUAAAA